AGCGGCAAUUUUGAUUCAUAAUCCAUGAGGGUAUAUAUGUAGAGUACUAGCAUCGUUGGCGCAAUCUAAUGAAAAUGGCGGCUGUUAAUGCUAUGACAAAGCCCGCAAUAGAAAAAUUACUUGAUUUCUUUGUGGCAAAGGAUGGCACAGCCUACUAUCAGGUAAAAUGGAAACCAACCUGGGAAACUGCUGAAUCAUUAGUACGGUUUGCUGACCUGGUUGAAGAGUUUUGGAAAUUUGUUAACGAUUCAACUGCUGCUAACAUUUACAAGAACAAUGCUAAUAUACCUAAACCAGAUCCAAUUUUACCUGCACCUAUUCAACGCAGACCAUCUGAUAACCAGAUAACACAAAAUUAUAAUACAUCUGGUCAUCAAAAUGUGGCUGCUCCUACCACUCCACAAAGACGAUCAUCAUCAACAUCUUCAGCAUCACAAAGGCGGCCAUCCUCAACUUCAACAACACCUCAAAGGAGACCUUCGAGUAACGCAACUACACCCCAGCGUUCCAAUCCACCAACGCCAACUCAAAUGCCAUCAAUGCCAGAGUUUGGUACAAUUAACAUGCAACAAGCUCCUCUAUUAAAUUCGAAACAACAGGCUGCUGUUAUAAUUGAUAGUGAUGAAGAAAAUGACACAAUGCAACCCUUGAACCCAUCAACAAUUCAGUCUGCUAUUAGUCAAAUUCCCAGUUGUGCAAAUGUUACGAACAAUCAACAACAGAUACACCAAAUGUCACCAACAUGGGGCGCACAGAUAAAAACAGAACAAGCAGACAUUAAGCCAAUAUUUCAACAACAACAACAACCAAAUAUGUUUAACCAAAAUAAUGUUAAUCCAAUGAAUACCAACGAUCCUCGUUUUCAGUUUAACAUGCAGAAUACACUAUCUUCUCCCAGAGGACCUAACAGCAGCAUACGAGGUCAAGGUGGCAGUCCAGCAAGGGCAAGAGGUGGCAGGGGUGGUGGACCUUCACCAGCAAAAAGGAAACUGGGAAUUCCUAGUAGCCCUAUCAGUUCAGUGAAGCAACCCUAUGGUGGCAUGGUCAAGACAGAACCGCCUGACAAUAAGAACAUAGUGGAUUUGACGCCUGAUCUAAAACCAAGUUUGAAUGCACCAUCACUAACGAACUUUAGCAAGUGGGAAGAUCACUUUGAAAUACUUGAGAAAAGAAAUUUUGAUGGAUCAACUGUAGAAGUGCAGUAUGAGUGCAAGAUCUGCGGUACCGUCAUAUCCAACAAAGGAAGCUGCAAACGGCAUUUUAAUAAACACAGCGGAGAAGGGUCGCACAAUUGUCCGAUUUGUCAGAAAGUGUUUCACAGACUUGAUUAUUUGCAAAGACAUUUAAAAACUCAUGGGCAAUGCGGUGGAAAAGAAUUAGAAGGAUUGAUAAAACUAGCGAUGGAGAGUGUGAAAAAGUAAACUUAUCGAAAUUUUUAUUUCAAACCACUCCACCUGCGAAGUUAUUUAUUUAAAACUACUUUUAGUUUUAAAAAUUUAUAGGUAUUUGCACAGUUUUAUUUUGACAAGGUGUCAUCUCGAACUGAGUUGAAAAAUCCUCAGCGGUUGUUUCUGUCUGACAUUGCAUUAAAAAUCUUCCAAUCCUGAUUACGUUUCAAACAAUGUAACUUAGUCUUCUUCGUUUUCUAUAUCGUUCACCAAAUGUUGGCUCCCACAGAACUAGCUUCUUCCUUGUGAAUCUUUAAGUUUGCGACAAUGAUAUACAAAUCUGUGUAGAGUGCGUGAAAAGUCGGGAGACCUUGCAGUAGAGGUCCUUUUUCUAAAAAUAAUUGUUUAUACGGCUACUACAUUGGAGUAAGUUGGUGUUACGUCAAUGAUGGUCCCUUUUUAAGUGUUGCGUCAAUGAUGGUCCCUUUUUAAGUAACUUUUUAUUUUUAAUUAUUUUAAGUAUAAAUUUUAGAAGUACAUAAGAUUAGUAGGUAUCCUUUGUUUAUAUAUAAAGUGAAAGUGUGAAUAAACGUCUCGUAGUUUUAUGGAAAUAUUUUUUAUCGA